GGGUACUUCGGCAAGGGCACGGGCUUCCCAGGUCUCCCUGGGCGCGCAGGUUCUGGCUGGCACCCUUUGGUUCCUGGCAUUCAGUACGGUGUUGGUGCUUGUGCCGGCGCAGUCUAUAGCAAGAAUUGGAAGUGCGGUGCUUGGGGGUGCGCCAAGAAGCUGCGAGGUCAGCCAUCGGCCUGGCUGGGGGACGCGGCCCAGCAGCUCUUUGAUCUCAACAACGGCCUCCCUGGUAGCUCCGCGUGGGACGCCAAGGCCAUGGGAGUUGGUGCUGCGACUGCGGGCCUCUCGGCGCAGGAGUGCGAGACCAUGGCAGCGCUGCACGACAAGCUUGGCGAAGGGAAGCAGUCCGUCCAGGUCCGCCUCAAGCAGGCUCACUUGGAGAUGCGGGGCGUCAUCAAGAAGCUCGAGUCGGCGCUGGUGAAGCACGAGGCAUUGGAACGCCAGCUGGCCGAGCAGAAGACGGUGGUCCUGGAGCUUCGCAGUGAGCGCAUCAUGGCAGAGGCUGAGCACAACAGUCUGGUGCAGUGCCUGCUCGAGUCUCAGGAGUUGCCGAAAGACGAGCAGCCCCUGUCUCCGUGCAAGCUGACCAUAACCGUUUCGCGCAG